AUGUCAAAUAGCCAGGCAAUUGUUGCAUGCAUUGAGCACACAAUGGUUUCCGAUGCCAACGUGAUCAAGGAAGCCGAAAGACAACUGCAGGAAUAUCAAAAAGAAGAUGGAUUUACUUCCUUCCUUCUUACUUUGAUAACUAAUGAUGAUACACCAUCAACAAUUCGUUUAUCCGCAGCUAUCUAUUUUAAAAAUAAGGUUAUAAGAUCAUGGAAUGCUAAGCGUGAUGACGGUAUCAAACCAGCAGAACAGCAAGCUAUUAAGGAUAAUUUAAUUCAAGCAUUGAUUAAAUUCGCCGAAGAUAACCAUAUUAGACCCCAUAUUACCGAAGCUAUCAAAGGUAUUCUGGAUAAUAACGAUCACUGGGAUCUAAUUGAAAUUAUUACAAAAAUGUUGACAAGCGGCCAACAAGAUUACUUAUAUCCUGGAAUUCUGUUGUUAUUUACUGUCUGUCGUGUUCAUAGAUGGGACAUGGCUGAUGAAAGAGAUUACAUUGAUAAGGUUGCAUUAAACGUUUUUCCUAUAAUUGAGGAAAGCAGUUCACAGUUGGUCAAUGCGACUGACUAUAGAUCUAGCGAACUGCUUUACUUAAUUUUGAAGUCAUUUAAAUAUGCCUGCUUAAGCAAUUUUCCAGCGUAUUUCAAGAACGUUGAGAAAUUAAGUGCAUGGAUUCAACUACAUUUGUAUGUUUGUGCCAAACCACUCCCACAGGAAGUCAUGGAUCUGGAACCAUCUGAUAGAUCGUUAGACAAAAGAGUUAAAGUCACAAAGUGGGGGUUCGGUAAUUUGAAUAAAUUUAUCCACAGAUACGCAAAGUCAACCAAAUUAGUGAGUGAGGAGUUUAUUACUUAUGUUUUUGAAAAUUUGGUUCCAACAAUCUUGGAACAAUACUUUAAGGUCAUUGAGGCGUGGAGUGACCGUUCACUCUGGUUAAGUGAUGCAUCAUUAUUUUACCUAAUUGAGUUCUUAAAUAAAUGUAUGAUAACAGUGAAAUUGUACCCACUUCUCAAUCCACAUAUCAUGACAAUUAUCAAGAGCAUCAUUUUGCCAUGUUUAGAUGCUAAUGAAGAAAGUGUCGAAUUAUGGGAGGAUGAUCAAGAGGAAUACACGAGACGGUAUUAUGAUACUAUGAGGGAUACAACCUCGGCUGACAAGGCUGCUGUUGAUUUUAUUUUUGCAAUGGGAGCUCAUCAGGAUAAUCAUUUACAAGAAUUGCUACACUAUCUAAAUGGUAUCUUAACAGAAUUUAGCCAGAAUACUGAUGACGUGAAAAUGGCAUACAGGCAAGAAGGUGCUAUGAGGGGGCUUUCUACCUUAUUCGAACAAAUGAACGAGAAGACUGAAAUCGACAAUGUGUUCGGAACAUUCAUAUUGGCUUUACUGUCACAGGAUAAAUAUCCAUUCCUUUGUGCACGUGCACUAAAUACAGUGGCGCUCUAUACAAAUUCAUUAGAUGACAUGGGCGUCUUAUCCAAAAUUUUUGAAGUAACUUAUUCUCAAUUUUUAACCAGUGACUUUAUCCCAAUUCAGGUACAAGGUGCUGAUGCGUUGAAAACCUUGAUUAUUUGCAAUGAAAGUAUUCAUAGUUCUAUAUCUUCGCAAGUUCCAUUAAUAAUGGAAAGAUUACUCAAAUUAUCUAAAUCAUUCGAAACUGAUGUUUAUCCAGAAGUUAUGGAAGCAUUUGUCGAGAGAUUCUCAGAUGAACUUACACCAUUUGCUGCAGAACUUGCAAAUAAUUUGGUAGAACAAUUCUUAAGACUAGACCAAUCUAUUAUAGAAAACAAUGGUGGUUCAUAUUCCACAGGCGAUCCAGAUUUAGAAAUUCAAGCGGCAUCAAUAUUACAAACCAUGUCUACCAUGGUUAUGUCUAUGUCCAAGGUUUCUUUGAUCGACAAUUUUGCACCAGUAGUUAAAUUUCUUCAAUUAAAUGCACAGAUGGCAUUUCAAAUGGAACUCGUUGAACUGAUGGAUUCCUUGGCUCUAUCCUCCAAAAUGCUACAUGGUGAGUUUACACCAGCCAUUUGGGACGCGUUCAAUGAUCUUCUAGAUGCAUUCCAAACUUAUGCCGCAGAAUAUUUUGAAGGCUAUAGUGUAUUUUUUGAAACUGUCAUCUUAUAUGGGUUUCCAACUGAUUCAACGUUUGUUGAACCAUUUCUCUCGAUUUUAGCUUCACAAUUAGAUAGCAAAAUCGACUAUAAUAUCGAAAGUGUUAUCCAACUUCUUACAUACUACGGCCUGACUUUAAGAGAUACACCUUUGUUCGAUAAAUGUAUAGAAGUUUCUGCUGAUGAGAGUCUAGAAAUUGAUGAAAGAGGUAUGGUAAAAUUAACUUUAGCCAAUAUUAUUUCGAAACCGAUCGAAACUUUACAAACUUGUGAAAAUACUGGCUAUACGCUAAAAUUCUUGAACGAUUGGUUUGAUUCUAAAUUUUUAAGCGUUUUCGGCAUCAAAUUACAAAUUAUGGCUAUAAUAACUCUGCUAACAUUACCAGAGUUACCAAGUUGCGUUAACGGGUUUGUUGGCCAAUUCUCAAGUAAGCUAAUUACAUUAGCACAAAGUUUGCCAGCAGCUAUUAGAAACCGUGAUGCAAUGACAAAAGGUGAAGAGUUCGAAGGCUUAAUGGAUCCGGCCGAAGAAGAUGAAUAUUUCCUCGAUUACGAUGAUGAUGCCAAAGAAACUGUCUUAGAUCAAGUAAAUGCAUUCCAUGAACUACACAAAUUCUUCCAGCAAAUACCAUCAAUAAGUCCUGAUAGGUAUCAACAGAUAAUGAGCGCUCUAAAUAACGAUCAAAAGGAAUUCUUAGAAGAAGCUCUCAAAUUCGUAGCUGAACACUAA